AUGGAAACAGUAAAGGGUAAAAUAAAGUCUGUUUAUGAAGAGGAAGAAGUCAUCUCCGACCUGUGGGUACAGCUUAUGAUCCAUAUCAACAUCUACUUUGCUCCCGUUUGGUUGGUAGCGGCCGUGGUGUGUCUGUACUAUGAAUUUGAAAACAUAAACAGCAUCGAACAAACGCUCUCCAUACUAACGCUGAUCGUGUCCGCACCUUUGGAGGUAGCGCGGCUCUAUCUCGGCUACACAGGAAACCUUAAGAGUACGAUACCAAGCUUCGCCGGGUUUCUGAUUCUUUCUUUCCUCAUCCAACUGCCAUUGCAAACCUAUCUGCUGAUUGCGUCCCAUACGCACCAACACGUGUUGGCUGUGAUCGUCCAGUCCAUCGCUACCGGUACGCUGGUGCUGCAGAUUGUGCUCGGUGUUCCGGCCAUGCGUAAAUUAUCCGACUUUCGGCGGGCACAGUUUCAGCAGCAGCGCUGGCAGUACAUAGACAAGCGGUCGCAAUUUCUUCGGAACAUUAACUCCAAGCCAUACGACGUUGCUUGUUGACUAAUCGCUAGUGACUGUUUUACAUUUAUUUUAUUAAAUACCAUAGUA